UUAGCGCUAGCGUCUUUAUCCAAAGAAUAUUUCAUACACAAUGGCAAACUCUGAGCUAUUUGACAUGAUGUCUGUUGGGAGACACUGCAAUGAGACAUUCUGUAAAAAGUUAGAUUUUCUGCCUUUUAAAUGCGAUUUUUGCAAAAAAGAAUUUUGUUUAUCGCAUUAUAAACCGAACGAGCAUUUAUGUAAAGAAGUCAAAGACCAAGAUAGCAAGCUCCCAUCCUGUCCGCUUUGCGGAAAAUACCUGGUCAAAGGAAGAUCUGACAACGAUCAGGUGGAAAAACAUAUUUUAAGUGGAUGUCAGAGUUUAAAAGCUACAAAAAGAAAGAAAAACCGCUGCUCGCAUACAGGCUGCAGAAACGUCAAUCUAAUACCCCUGCAUUGUGAAAAAUGUCUGAGCACUUUCUGUGUCAGGCACAGACAUCCAGGAGAUCAUGGGUGCAUCAAUGUUUCUCAACAGCGUCUUAUCAAAGUGUAACACAAAAUGAUUAAACUCAAGAAACGAAACAGUAACAUUGAGUGAAAAAUUUAUUUCGGUUUUAACCAACUACAACUAAUAGCGUACAAAACAACAAGCAAAUCUUCCAGAAGAUAUCCUUUGCAUUUAAUAACACAAAACGGAAAAGUUCCACAUGCCAUAAUUUACAACACUAACGAAAAGUUAAGGAUUGAGAGGACAUAUUGAAAGAACUUAAAAGCCAUAAAACAUUGGUACCGAAAAACACGAAACUAUGUUGCUGCCAGGAUUCUCCAGUUGAACGAAACUGCAAGAUAUUUAUAUUAAUAAAUCUAGAAGCAGGUCUCCACCAAUCAAGAAACAGCUUCACCUUGGAUGUACAAUCAAUUCAUGGAGAUCUCUUCUUGUAGAACAUGUAUUAAUUUUCAAUAUAAAUAUAUUUAAUUUAAAAAAUA